GAAGAAAACAGCUCCCUCCUCCCCCUUUUUUUUCCCCCCCUUCCCUCCUUUCUUCUUGCCUGAUUCAGAAGCUCCAGGAAUGUGCUAAUUGGCGGCGGCCUCUUCAGAAAGGAAAAUGGAUCUUGUUAUGUGAGGGCAUUGAGAAAACAGUCCCCAGCUACUGAGAGGAAGAAGAGCCGGUGGGAAAUAUUCAGAUCGAGGGAUUUUAAUGGCUUUCAGGUAGAAGAAAGUGGAGACAAUCAAAAUGAAUUCUAUGGACAGGCACAUACAGCAGACCAAUGACCGGCUGCAGUGCAUAAAACAGCACUUACAGAACCCAGCAAACUUCCAUAAUGCAGCAACAGAGCUCCUGGACUGGUGUGGAGACCCCAGAGCCUUCCAGAGGCCAUUUGAGCAGAGCCUGAUGGGUUGUUUGACGGUGGUUAGUCGAGUGGCAGCUCAGCAAGGAUUUGACUUGGAUCUUGGAUACAGGCUACUGGCAGUAUGUGCAGCCAACAGGGACAAAUUCACUCCGAAAUCAGCUGCACUGCUUUCCUCGUGGUGUGAGGAGCUGGGCCGGCUCUUGCUGCUUCGCCACCAGAAAAGCCGGCAGAGCGAUCCUCCCGGGAAGCUCCCCAUGCAACCCCCCAUGAACUCUAUGAGCUCCAUGAAACCCACCCUCUCUCACAGUGAUGGGUCUUUCCCUUAUGAUUCUGUUCCCUGGCAACAAAAUACCAACCAGCCUCCAGGCUCUUUAUCAGUGGUCACCACAGUAUGGGGUGUGACUAACACCUCUCAAAGCCAGGUGCUGGGAAAUCCAAUGGCAAAUGCUAACAACCCUAUGAACCCAGCAGGAAAUCCCAUGGCUUCUGGGAUGACAACUAGCAACCCUGGAAUCAAUUCCCCUCAGUUUGCUGGACAGCAGCAGCAAUUUUCAGCCAAGGCAGGCUCCACUCAGCCGUACAUACAGCAGGGCAUGUAUGGGCGACCCAAUUAUCCUGGAAGUGGAGGUUUUGGUGGCAGUUACCCUGGAGGCCCAAAUACCCCCGCAGGAAUGGGGAUUCCCCCCCACACGAGGCCACCAGCUGAUUUCACCCAGCCAGCUGCAGCUGCUGCCGCUGCUGCAGUUGCAGCUGCAGCUGCUACAGCAACAGCCACAGCUACAGCCACUGUGGCAGCCCUUCAGGAAACACAGAAUAAGGACAUGAACCAGUAUGGACCGGUUUGUUCCUCUUUCCAGAUGGGUCCAACUCAGGCUUACAACAACCAGUUUAUGAACCAGCCUGGUCCUCGUGGUCCUGCUUCUAUGCCAGGCAACAUGAACCCAGCCAGCAUGGGGGCAGGAAUGACACCUUCCAGCAUGAGCGGGCCCCCCAUGGGCAUGAACCAGCCCCGGCCCCCUGGCAUGAGCCCCUUCAGCACCCACGGGCAGAGGAUGCCUCAGCAGGCCUACCCAGGCCCACGGCCACAGUCCUUGCCUAUACAGGGCAUAAAGAGACCAUACCCAGGAGAGCCGAAUUAUGGAAACCAGCAGUAUGGACCAAACAGCCAGUUUCCAAACCAGCCUGGUCAGUACCCCACUCCCAACCCUCCAAGACCCCUUACAUCUCCCAACUAUCCUGGACAGAGGAUGCCAAGCCAGCAAAACACAGGGCAGUACCCUCCUCCAACAGUCAACAUGGGGCAGUAUUACAAGCCAUCAAGGCCUGUACCUGUGGCAAAUUACCCUCAUUCACCUGUUCCAGGAAACCCCACGCCACCCAUGACACCAGGGAGCAAUAUUCCUCCAUACCUGUCUCCUAACCAGGAUGUCAAACCACCAUUCCCACCUGACAUUAAACCAAAUAUCAAUGCUUUACCACCACCUCCAAAUGCUAAAGGGAAAGUUCACGCUUUCUCUCCCUCUUCGAUCCCAGCCAACCACAACGACGAGCUGCGCCUGACGUUCCCUGUGCGGGACGGGGUUGUCCUGGAGCCCUUCCGGCUGGAGCACAACCUGGCCGUCAGCAACCACGUCUUUCACCUGCGGCCCACCGUGCACCAGACACUCAUGUGGAGGUCUGACUUGGAAUUGCAGUUUAAGUGCUAUCACCAUGAAGACAGACAAAUGAACACAAACUGGCCAGCUUCAGUCCAGGUCAGCGUUAAUGCAACCCCACUUACCAUCGAGCGUGGUGACAACAAGACAUCUCAUAAACCUCUGCACCUAAAGCACGUCUGCCAGCCAGGGAGAAACACGAUCCAGAUUACAGUCACAGCGUGUUGCUGCUCGCACUUGUUCGUGUUGCAGUUGGUGCACCGGCCAUCGGUUCGCUCCGUGCUUCAAGGUCUACUAAAGAAACGGCUCCUCCCAGCAGAGCACUGUAUCACUAAGAUCAAGAGGAACUUCAGCAGCGUAGCAGCUUCCUCUGGCAAUGCAACACUAAAUGGGGAGGAUGGAGUGGAGCAGACUGCCAUUAAAGUGUCUCUGAAGUGUCCCAUCACAUUCCGGCGGAUCCAGCUCCCGGCCAGGGGCCACGACUGCAAGCAUGUGCAAUGCUUUGAUCUGGAAUCUUACUUGCAACUGAACUGUGAAAGAGGAACUUGGCGGUGUCCAGUAUGCAAUAAAACUGCUCUCUUGGAGGGCUUGGAGGUUGACCAGUACAUGUGGGGUAUUCUGAAUGCUAUACAAAACUCCGAGUUUGAAGAAGUUACCAUUGAUCCAACUUGCAGUUGGAGGCCGGUCCCUAUAAAGUCAGAUAUUCACAUCAAAGAUGACCCAGAUGGCAUUCCCUCAAAAAGAUUUAAGACCAUGAGUCCAAGCCAGAUGAUCAUGCCAAAUGUAAUGGAGAUGAUUGCAGCUCUGGGUCCUGGCCCGUCACCUUACCCAUCCCUACCCCCUCCUCCAGGAGGCAACAACUCCACUGAAUAUGGUAACCAAGGUAACAGUUACCAAGGUCAUGGCAAUUUUGACUUCCCGCACGGGAAUCCUGGUGGCACAUCUAUGAAUGACUUCAUGCAUGGGCCACAGCUGUCGCAUCCCCCAGACAUGCCGAGCAGCAUGGCAGCUCUCGACAAACCUCUCAGUCACCCCAUGCAGGAAUCUAUCCCUCAUCCCGGCAGCACUGAUCAGUCCCAUACUUCCAUGCAGCAAGGUUUGCACGUCCCUCACCCCAGCAGCCAGUCAGGGCAGCCAUUACAUCACAGCGGGCCUCCUACCCAGCAGUCCCGGCAGCCACCCCCGGCCGCUUCUAGCAACCAUCCACACAGUGACCUGACCUUUAACCCCUCCUCAGCCUUAGAGGGUCAGGCUGGUGGACAGGGAGCACCCGACAUGCCGGAGCCCUCGCUGGAUCUACUUCCAGAACUCACAAAUCCAGAUGAGCUGCUUUCAUACCUGGAUCCUCCUGAUUUGCCAAGCAAUAGCAAUGAUGACCUUCUGUCUCUCUUUGAGAACAACUGAAACCAUAUGUAUUCUCCCAUCCUUUUCACUUGUUCACACGUGUGUGGCUGCACAGCGAGGAAUCUUGACACUCCUUUUCCACAAGAGAAGAAAAAAAACCUCACAACUUGAUCCAAUGGUGCACUCCCUGCUUUCUUCAUCUCAGAACUGCUUUUGUUAGCUUCAAAGACUGCGAAAGUGACGGGAGAAAAUAAUACAAAAGUUAAAUACAUGCAGUAAUCUCCGAGUCUGCCAUGCUACAUGUGACAAAGAAGCAUAGACAGUUGUGCAGCUAUUGGAAACCCCAUUUGGUGUUCAUCCUCUAGAGAGAGAGUUCUGUGAUAAACAUAGUGUGAAGUAUCUUGGCAAAACUGAAUCUUGGCAAGGGAAGAAAAAUCAACAGAAUGGAACUGUCUUUAAUUGACCCGUCUCAGAGUGUCUUUACAAUGCUUGUUCUUCCAUUUUUUUGAAACUGUAUCUCCCUCUACCCCACUUCUCCUCUGCCCCCCUCCAGCCAUGGGUUUGCCAUGGAAUGAUUGUCCUGGCCACACACAAAAUGAAAAAAACCACCUACAAAGUUCAAAAAAGCACAAAUCCUACAGUCAAGUGGCAAAGUUAGGGAAGACACACAGGCCUGUCAGAGGGAGCCAGCAGUUUAGCUAAUGUGACUUCAGUAACAGAGUCCUGAGAUCUUCAGGCCACAGCCGCGGGUGUCGGGAUUUCUGCAAGCGCAGGGAUCUUAACCACCUCAUUGCAGAGGAUUCCUCUGGCCCAGCACACAGAUUGGAAGCACCCAGGAAAAAAAAAAAUUGAAGUUCGCGGUGUUUAGGAAUUUUUGUGAUUUGGUUUCAGAUCAGUGCCGUUUCUGGCUGUGUUAACAUCCAGCUGUAGAGAUUGCUGUAGUAGGUCUUUUUGCCAUGUGUGCCCAUACAUAAUGGAAAAGAGAGGGAGGGGGGAUGCAAAUCUAACUGUUCCUGAUUAUUACCUACAGCCUUCAGAGCCCCAAGAGUUUGCGUCACUGUACUGCACAAUGCAUAGUAAGACAAGCUGGGUUGAAGGCAGCAAGGAAAUCAUUGCAGGAUGGAGGGAGAGUUACAUCAUUAUCUGCAUAAUUAUUUUUAAUAAUCAGCUUGAGAAGGGGCACUGACAUUGGACAGACGUCUUACAGCUUCAUUUUAGUUUUGCUUUGCAUUCUGUUGUCGUGACUGUUACAGAUACUUCAGCCUUUUCCUUUUCUCCUCCUUCAGUUUCUUUUUUUAAACUUGGCUGCUGGGAUGAGCUCUUUCUCCCAAAGGACCGAGCGUGGGGAGAACAAGUACCUGUCAGUAGAUUGCUACUGCCCUCAAGAGACCCUGCUGCCACAAUUACUGUCUUGCCCCUGUGAUCUUUGCUUCUCGUGUGGUUGCUGCUCCUGCAUGAGCUUCCUAUUGCUUCUGUGCCCAUUUCUGUGCUCUUUGUCUCUCUCUCUCUUAUAAAUGAUGUACAGUAGCUGUGUAAGAAGUGCAUGUGUGCCAACUUUGCCCUCGUGGUGCAACAUUUCAGCUUUUGCCCACUGUACAGUUAUUGGUUUUGUUUCUUUUGAUACUGAAGCAUAUUUGACCCUACUCCUUUUCCUCUUCCCAAAUCCAAUCAAACAUCCUUCGUUUGCUCGCCACAAUGCGUUCUAAACUGAAGUGCCAGGCAAAAUUUUGUUUGUUCCUGUCAGUUUGACUAGAUAGCUUCCUAGCCCUCUGUUUAGUUUGCAGUGCUGUAAAUGGCAUGCUCUGUGCUUACGACUCUGGAUUUGCUUUCCUCACCAAAGUCACAUUUGUAAAUUCUCUGCAUUUUUUGUUUUAUUUUGCUCCUUUGUUAACGUUUCCCACUACUGCUGUACAUGCGUUGUGGUAUAUAUAUGCUAGUCAGCAGCACCUUGCUGUAGAUAUUAAAGGAAAUGGCGGUUUAGUUCUUUUAUUUCCCAGUAGGAGUAUUGAAUCUGUCAAACGUAUUAUGUAGAAAUGGUCCCACACUUAUAUUUUUCCUCUUCAAGUUUUUUUAAGAAAGGCGCUGUUCAUUAUGCAAAAUCAAUUAUUUUAAGAAUUGCUAUUGUAAAUAUCUUUGUGAAUAUUUUAGUAUCGUCUUUGAUAAUAUUCAACAUUUUCAUGAUCUGGUUAUACUUUUGCUGGUGUUUUUAAAUACCUUGUCUGAAGAAAAAUAUGGGUCCUUUUUUAAAAAAGAAAAUUGAGGGUUCUUUAACAGAAUAAGGGAGUUGGGUUUUGGUUUUUUUUUUCCCCUAUUUUCUUUUGGUAAGUUCGCCCAAAUUUCAUAUCCAUUUAUGUGAUGAGUAAAUUGAUACAUCAGGCAGUACCUGGAUAAUCAGGGCCCAGCUCUGUCAUGGAAACGUAAUUGUGUUUGCCUAGGGAAAAAGAAACCCCAACUGAUCGACCGGUGUUCAUUGACUGUGGGUGAUCGUGAGCUGGUAAUGGCAGAGUUUGUUCGUUUGCCCAAGUGAGCAGAACACGUAGGACCAGCUGUGUGACCACCAGGUAAUGAUGCACUAAGGCAAGCAGCAAAUCUCUAUGGUACCAUAUUUAUAUCGCUGUACUGGUGCUCUGGUCUCUGGAACUGGGGCAAAGACACUUAGGGAUGUUGGUGGGUGGGGGAGGGAAACAGUAUAGUAUAUUUUAUUCUGCUUAGAAGUGUCUUUUUUCUUAUGUAGGCUUCACAACCUGUAGAGGAUCUCUGCAGAAUAUUAAAGAUACCUUGGUGUAAUACAUGGUAAUAUGGUUGUGGUGUGGUGCUGCUAUCACACAAUUCCUAGGAAAGACCAUUGUUCAGUUAUGGAUACAGAUGUGUUUUGUAGCCAUGUUACUGUAGUAGUUUCCCCCUGGUUUUUUGCUGCAUUUUUUAUAUAGGUCUGGAAGUCAUGUGCAGAGGUGGCUAAUAUAAACUGACUUUAUGCCCUUAGAGUUAGUUUUUUUCUAUUUGGGGGGUAAGUUCCUUAAGCCAUAGGUUUGGGAAGAAGAUUUCUCACUAUUAGUUGGAACUGGUUGCUCUGAUUUUUUUAAAUGAUUCUGUUUCAU